AUGCGCUGGCAAACCCUCCUCCCCCUCUUCUCCUUCCCAGGCCCUUCCUUCUCCGAGCUCACCUUCACGACCGUGCACACCACGGGCGGGAAACUGGUCUCUGCAUCUGGCUUGCCCACCCUGAAGAACCUACGAGCCAACAACCCGACCGUCAACAGCAACAAUUGGUGCGGGUCGGUCAACUACGCUCCGAUAGGACGGCAGAUACGGCUGGUGCAUGGCUAUUUCCAGCAUCCGGUGUGUGAGAUAAGGAAUGGGAUGAAGACGUUUCCACAGGCGGUGGCGGCGUGGGUUGGCAUCGAUGGGGAUACGUGGACAGACAGUUUGUUGCAGGCGGGGACGGUUUGUAAGAUCGAUAACUCUAGUGGUGUCGUCACAAAUGAGGCUUGGUGGCAGUGGGUGCCGUCAGGGGCGUAUACUAUUUCGACAUUGCCAGUCGCUGAAGACGACUGGUUCGAAGUUACCAUUAACACUACCUCACCAUCAUCAGGAGAAAUCACAAUAACAAAUCUCUCCCAACGUUAUACCUACAGCGUGACGCUCUCCGGUGGACCGACCCUCGCCCGCGUCGACGCAGAUUGGGUGGUAGAGCGUCCCUACUUCGGCAAGACUUUGUCCGGGUUCGCGACAUUCACCGACGUGUGGUUUGAAGAUACAUACGCAGAAUUACUUCCCGGCACGGGGACGAUUGGCGUACUGGGCGCAAAUCAGUACCAGAUUCCGGGCAUGUGUACGAGUAUGGAAUGGGAUGAUCGGCAUUUGGUUAGUUGGAGUUUGCAGAAUUAG